AUGAUGAGCGCCAUUCACGGCUUCGCCGAAGCGGCGCGGCUGGUGGGCAUCUUCUCGGGCACCUUGAAGUCCGGCGAGUACACGUGGGCGGGCGCGCUGGCCGUUGGAUUGGUCAUGAACGUGCUGGCUCGAUGUGGAUGGACGCGGUUCUUUGCCUACUGCAUGCUGAAACGCCUGGUGGGGCUUCCAAGCGCUUUGGUUUUGGCACCAUCGGCGUAUGGCAAACUCUUUGAUGAAAUCAAGAUCUACGUGGGAUACUUCAGAUUUCCAGCUGUUCUGGCCCUCUUGCUGGCGAGAGGGAUUGUCUAUCAAGAUUUCUCUCUCUCAGGGCCGCAUUCUGCAGCAUUCAACGCUUCUGCACUCUGUGCAUUACUUUGCAUGCUGCUGGCAGAAAAUGUGGAAGAUUUCAUCGUGGUCCAGCAGAUUGUUCCGAUGAGCCCGGUGUUGUCCGAAUUCGUCGACACCAAUCUUCAUAGCUUUGGGAGGCAUGGCAGCUUGCUCAGCAUGGACUUGCGAGUGCAACAUGGCAAGAGCGUGGACGGUGGACCUGAAUCGUCCGGUGACGCUUGGCGGAUGGAGGAACUGGAUCAGAACGGCCGCAAGAGGAUUCAGCAUGCCAAGUCCAAGUCCAGUGCUGUCAAGAUGUCAUCCAUCCUACCCUCCGAGCAGACCCCGCGACCCGAAACAGAGAACCCUGGCCACUCGCCGCUCGCCGGUCCGCCGGCAGCGACCUCCGGCGAAGGCCGAGCGCGAGCCUCCAGGUUGAGCCUCGAGAGCGAGGAGCGAGUGAUUGAGAAGCCCAGCGGCUCGCGGCCGAGCGUCGCGCCGCCGCCGCCUGAGGAAGAGGCGGAUGGGAGCCCGGUGCCUUCACUGCAGCCGCUGCCGUUGGGACCCUCUGAACGACUGAGCGUCUCCGUGAUGAACAUGCACAGGCAAAUCAGCCAGCGCUCGGUCCGUGAUUCCGGCGACGACACCCAAGUCGUGGUGAUCGCUUCGCUGGGCGAGUGCCGCCACAGCAGCCCCUCGCGGAUCCGGCGCUGGUUCGGCCAGCAGCGGAGUGUGCACCCGUCGCUGCUGCUGCACGGCUUGCGCGCCAUGCCCUUCGCCUGCCAGCUGGCUCCAGUGGCCGCCCUCAGCGAAGCCACCUUGUGCUUUCUCAACACCGCUGUGGGCCCGGGCUUUCUACGGGGUUUGCGGGGAGUGCCCUGUGAGGAUUCUGAGGGCUUCGAGUCACUUUGGUGGCCUUGCCCCAUGGUGUGCUAG